AUGCGCCGUCAUUUCCUGCUUUCUGCCGCAGCCACACUGCUGACUACAACGCUGCCCCGCUUCGCCGUGGCGCAGGCCUACCCCACCAAGCCCAUCAAAAUCAUCGUGCCUGCAACACCCGGUGGCACGGGGGAUAUUUUUGCGCGGGCCAUCGCCAUCAAACUUCAGGAGUCGCUUGGUCAGCCGGUGAUUGUGGAAUACAAACCCGGCGCAGGCACCAACAUCGGUGGUGACUUUGUCGCCAAGGCUGCACCUGACGGUUACACCAUACUGAUGAACGGCUUGCCUCUUGCCGCGAACCCUGCCCUGUACGCGAGCAUGCCAUUUAGCCCGUCCAAAGACCUGACACCCGUCAUUGAGGUUGCGGAGCUGGUUAAUGUGGUGACGGUGCACCCCUCCAUUCCCGUGAAGUCUCUGCGUGAACUGGUUGAACUCGCCAAAAAAGACCCUGGCAAACUCAAUUACGGAAGUCCGGGUGCGGGCAGCUCAAGUUACCUUGCUGCUGAAUUGCUGGCCGUGAAAAUCGGCGCGAAGUUCACCCAUGUGGCUUACCAGGGUAACGCGCAGGCCACGACCGAUCACAUCGGCGGCACACUGCAGAUCGGGUUCGUGAAUUUGCCCGUUGCGUUGCAGUUCGUCAAGGCUGGAAAGCUCAAACCGCUGGCCGUGACAUCGUCCAAACGUUCGCCGCUGUUGCCUGAUGUGCCAACUGUUGCCGAAGCACUGGGAAUUCCCGACUAUGAAUUGACUGGCUGGUUUGGCUUGCUGGUGCCAGCCCGCACGCCCAAGGAGAUUGUCGUGCGGCUUCAGGAGGAGACCAGUCGGGCUCUCAAGGAUCCAGCGGUGAUCGAGACUAUCCGGAUUGCCGGCGGUGAUGUCGUGGGGGGCAGCACCGCCCAGUUCGACGCGCACAUUAAACGGGACACCGAACGACUGACGGAAGUUAUCCGCCUGUCCGGGGCCUCCAUCAAGUAA